GCCAAGAAAAAUAAAAUAAAUAAAAACAGAAAUAAAAGACCCUAUUUUAGCUCCUAGAGCCAGAGCCUUCUUCUUCUUCUUCGACUCUCCAUCUCAAACUACAACCUAAUCAUGGCGUCUCUUCUAGCCAACGGUAUUUCAAGCUUUUCUCUGCAACCCACCACCGACUCAACCAAAACCCUAAAAGGGUCUCACCCUAAAUUCGAUUUCCUCAAGCCCAUAAACCCCAGGAGCUCAAGUUCGAGGCUUGUCAAGGUACGAGCAGAUGUCGGCACCGAACCCAAGACCGCCAUCAGUGUCGAUCCCAGCUCUGGUUCAGGUAAGUCCUAUGACGAGAAAAUUCAGGAAAUUCUUCGUAACCGUGAUUACGAGAAGAAGUUUGGUUUCACUAUGGAUAUUGAUUCGUAUACGAUCCCUAAGGGGCUUUCUAAAGAGACAAUUCGUUUAAUUUCUUCUUUGAAAGAGGAACCGGGUUGGAUGCUGGAUCUUAGGUUGAAUGCUUAUGAGAAAUUCUUGAACAUGAAGGAACCCAAAUGGUCUGAUAAUAUGUACCAACCGAUUAAUUUUCAGGAUAUUUGUUAUUACUCUGCGCCUAAGAAGAAACCUGCCUUGAAUAGUUUAGAUGAGGCUGACCCAGAACUACUUAGGUACUUUGAUAAAUUGGGUGUUCCUUUGAAUGAGCGUAAUCGUCUAGCUAAUGUUGCUGUGGAUGCUGUUCUUGAUAGUGUUUCAAUUGCAACAACACAUAGGAAGACAUUAGAGAAGGCAGGUGUGAUUUUUUGUUCCAUAUCGGAGGCAAUUAGGGAGUACCCUGAUUUGGUUAGGAAAUACUUGGGGAGAGUUGUGCCUAGUGAGGAUAACUAUUAUGCUUCUUUGAAUUCAGCUGUUUUUAGUGAUGGAUCAUUUUGUUAUAUACCUAAGAAUACAAAGUGUCCAAUGCCGAUUUCAACUUACUUUCGGAUAAAUGCAUUGGAAACUGGGCAGUUUGAGAGGACUCUGAUAGUUGCUGAUGAAGGUAGUUUUGUCGAGUAUCUAGAGGGAUGUACUGCACCUUCGUAUGACAGGAAUCAGCUUCAUGCAGCUGUAGUUGAGUUGUAUUGUGCUGAGGGUGCAGAGAUUAAAUACUCCACUGUGCAGAACUGGUAUGCUGGCAAUGAGGAAGGCAAAGGUGGGAUUUACAAUUUUGUUACAAAGAGGGGACUUUGUGCUGGAGCUCGCUCAAAAAUAUCAUGGACCCAAGUAGAGACAGGGUCUGCAAUUACUUGGAAGUACCCAAGUGUUGUUUUGGAGGGUGAUGAAACAGUAGGUGAGUUCUAUUCUGUUGCACUGACAAAUAACUAUCAGCAGGCAGAUACAGGAACAAAAAUGAUUCAUAAAGGGAAGAAUACAAGAAGUAGGAUUAUCUCAAAGGGUAUUUCAGUUGGGCAUUCAAGAAAUUGCUACAGGGGGCUUGUUCAGGUUCUAUCAAAGGCAGAGAAUGCUAGAAACUCCUCGCAAUGUGAUUCGAUGCUUAUUGGUGAUAAUGCUGCUGCCAACACUUACCCAUAUAUCCAGGUUAAGAAUCCCACAGCUCGUGUUGAACACGAAGCUAGCACCUCCAAAAUUGGUGAAGACCAGCUAUUUUACUUCCAGCAGAGGGGAAUUGACUAUGAGAAAGCCAUGGCUGCAAUGAUUUCUGGGUUCUGCCGUGAUGUGUUCAAUGAACUUCCUGAUGAGUUUGGUGCAGAGGUAAACCAGCUCAUGAGCUUGAAGCUUGAGGGAUCCGUGGGUUAAGCUGCAGUUGAUGUUUGCUCAUUUGUGGUCAUCUUUGCUCACAGUAUCUUUUUAUCAGUGAGUUCAGUGGUGUUGUAGUUUGUGAUGGUUAUGUCACAGAUGACUGUAGUUAGGUUUGGAAUAAACUUUUGAAAUACUGUAUCUUUCUUUCACGAAAAUAAACACCUCUCUGUAUAUUCAUGUUUCCUGUACCAGAUCAAUGAUGCAAUGUAAUGUUCUGCAUGUUCACUGAUAGCAGAAUUUUGUAAGCGUUCAUCUAUAUAUCAAUGUGAAUUUAAAGCUAUGGAAUGGUAGGGUUAUGCUUUUAUUCUG